GCCGUGGAUGGUGGAAUGAAAUCGGAUUAGGCGACGGCGGCGGGAGAGAGAGAUGGCGUACGCCGGAAAGAAGAGAUGGAAAGGAUUGGUGGUUGGAGUUUUAGGCCUCGUGAUACUAUCUAUGCUCGUUCCUCUUCUCUUCCUUCUCGGAAUUCAUAAUGGCUUUCAAGGUUAUGGUUCGGAGCAGCCGAAUUCGCCUACUCAUACCACACCGAUCAUCAUCAAAGAAAAUGAGGAACAAGAGGAGGAUCAUGUAAAGCAUGUAGAGAAUUUUGUGAAACAUUUUACUCCGCCAAUUUUUAAGGAUAUACUAAAGAAUAUCACACACAAAGCUGAAAAUACAACCAAAAAUCAGGUCCCGCUGCAAAAGAAACCAGAAGUUACAGAGAUUCAAGCUCCGCCUCGGGACGUUCCACUAUCCCUGUCUAUAAAAAAUAACUCCAAGGUUGAAAAGGUGGAAAUGAUUGAUUAUGCCAAAGGUGGUAUUGAUGAAAGUGGGAAAAUAUGUCAAGUGAAAUUUGGGAGUUACUGUCUUUGGCGUCAAGAACAUAAAGAAGACAUGAAGGAUUCAAUGGUGAAGAAGCUGAAGGAUUCACUAUUUGUGGCAAGAGCAUAUUUUCCUACUAUUGCAAAACUUCCAUCCCAACGCAAGUUUUCUAGUGAAAUGAAACAAAACAUUCAAGAGCUGGAGAAAGUUCUUAGUGAAAGUACUACAGAUGCUGAUCUUCCAUCACAGAUUGGGAAGAAGCUUGAGAGGAUGCAAGCUGUAAUAGCGAAAGCCAAAACCUUUCCUGUGGAAUGCCAUAAUGUUGAUAAGAAGCUGGGACAAAUAUUUGAUAUGACUGCAGAUGAAGCUAACUUCCACAUGAAACAAAGUGUCUUUCUCUACCAACUUGCAGUCCAGACUAUGCCAAAGAGUCUCCACUGCUUGUCUAUGAGACUGACUGUGGAAUUUUUCAGAGAUCCUGUUUACAAUACAGAGUCUCUGGCGAGCAAGUACAAUGAUCCUGCAUUGCGGCACUAUGUCAUAUUCUCCACCAAUGUACUUGCAUCAUCAGUUGUAAUCAACUCAACUGUAGUGCAUGCAAAAGAAAGUGGGAAACUGGUUUUUCAUGUGCUGACGAAUCAAGAGAAUUAUUUUGCGUUGAAACUAUGGUUCUUUAGAAAUACUUAUAAAGAAGCCAUUGUUCAGGUGUUAAACCUGGAGGACCUAGACAACCGCAAAUUAUACUUGUCAUUGCCUGUGGAAUUCCGUGUUUCCUUGGGCAUUGGUACAGAAGCUAGAACGGAAUACUUGUCUAUUUUUUCUCAUUCACACUAUCUUCUUCCCGAGAUAUUCCAGAAUUUGGAGAAAGUUGUGGUUUUGGAUGAAGAUGUUGUUGUACAGCAGGACUUGUCUGCACUUUGGACCAUUAACAUGGGAGGAAAAGUUAACGCUGCUGUACAGUUCUGCUCAGUGAAGUUGAGUAAUCUUCUGAAGAGCUCUGUUGGUGAGAACAGUUUCGAUAAAACCUCAUGUGCUUGGAUGUCUGGAUUGAAUGUCAUUGAUCUGGUUAAGUGGAGAGAACUUGAUCUCACUGAAACUUACCGAAAGUUUGUAAAUGAGGCGAGCACCCAAGAGGUGCAAAAUGAAGCUGCUGCGUUGCAAGCAAGCUUGCUAACCUUUAAGGACUUGAUUUAUCCUCUCGAUGGUGUGUGGGCUCUCUCUGGACUGGGAAAUGACUAUAAUAUUGAUAUUGCUGCAGUAACAAAAGCUGCAGUGCUGCACUACAAUGGAAAGAUGAAACCUUGGCUUGAUUUAGGAAUCCCAAAAUAUAAGGUUUUCUGGAAGAGAUAUCUGAACCGAGAAGAUCAGUUUUUAACCGACUGCAACGUGAAUUCAUAGUGAGCUGAUUGCCCUUGUUUUACAGCUAGAGGUUCUCCAAGACAUGGGGAUUGAGAAGCACUAACCAGUCUAUCUAUUCUAUGGGUGCCGAAAUUUUUUAUCAGGCUUCCAAAGCAUAUUUGAUUCUGUGGAAGCCAUAGCCGCGCUGAGUUUCAAACACAGUUGUAAUUUUUUGGUAAAUAAAAGACCUUAAAAUUUAUUCUUUCUGGAAGAGCAGAUGGAUGGAGCUCCCAGAUGACAACAUAAGCUUCGAGUUACCAUUGGGGGAUGGAAGGUGAUGCUCCUAGGGAGUGGUUUGAAGAAAAUUAUUGCUUAGUGGAAAAGCUGUGCAGCAAAUAAUUUUGUACACACUGCAAGGAUGCAUUGUUUGUUUGUCAAAAAAUGUGAUUCAAUUACCAUUCGUGAUAUAAACAACUGUUUGCUGAGAAACCAAGUAGUCGUUAGCUUUAUGCCCUUCACAGGAAUCAUUCUUCCUAUGACUUUUCAGGUUGUAUUUUAUUUUUGAGCUUUUGUUUAUGUUAUUGUUAGGUGAUUUCAAAUCCCUGUUCUUUUUUAUUUUCCAAAUAUAUCCUGCAUCAGUUCUGUGAAACAGAUCAAUUCAAUUUAAAUUGGGCAUUCUCAAA